AUGUCAAAAUUCCACCGAGCGCAGCUUUCGGCUGCUGAUGAUGACGAGGCACGUCUUCUCUUCCCGGCCCACUGGACCUCGCCUGUUUUGAUUCGCACCAUGACCUGCAUGUUGCAUUGGACCUCCUUAUCCGAUUCAGGCCCAAAUGCUGAUAAGCGGGCAUUGCUGAAAUUCAAGGAGGGCUUUGUGCUGGGCCCAGGCAACACGGACUCGUUCCGGGGCUGGACGGCCGAAUCUGCCAACUGCUGCUCGUGGAGAGGCAUCACUUGUCAGUGGCCAGACCGCGUGGACGGCUUGAUGGUGGGCAAUGUGAUUCCCAAUCCGGCAAAACCAGGCCUAUGGCAGGAAGCAGUGGCCAAUCUCACCGCACUCAAGGCCAUCACGUUCAACGAGGUGCCAAUCAACGCUCCGUUGCCCAAAGCUUUCACAGACCGAACAAGUCUCAAAUCCUUGGCUCUCUACAACUGCGGCAUCAACGGACCCAUUCCGUCCGACAUCGCCAAGCUCACGAACCUCGAGCAGCUGAACAUCAACGUCAAUGGAUUGCUCGACGAUCCGAAGACGGGAUUGACGGGCCCGAUCCCCGCGGCGAUCUGCAACCUGACGAAGCUCGUGCAAUUGAGCUUGCAGCAGAACUCGCUCACGGGGCGGAUUCCCGAUUGCAUCGACAGACUGACCAAGCUCGAAGGUCUAACACUGAUCAGAAAUCUGCUAUCCGGCCCACUUCCAUCCACCAUCGGCGGGCUGAGCAGCAUCAGAGCGCUGUCCUUGGACGACAACUUCAUCACCGGACCGCUGCCCAGGUCGCUGGGCAAUCUGUCGAGCCUCGAGUACCUGGAGCUGAGCAAUAACAUGGUGGAUCACGAUGUGCCCCGAGAGAUGGCGCAGAUGGCCAAAAUCGUGGCCAUCAGGCUCAGAAACAACAGAUUGACGGGCGCCAUCCCCAGCGAGCUCGGCCGCAUCGGAUCGCUGGCCGAGCUGCAGCUCGGCCUCAAUCGGAUCUCGGGCCCGAUCCCCGCAGCGCUGGGCGGCGCCAGGAGCCUCGGCGAGCUGGCGCUCGACCACAACGACCUCGAUGGCGCAAUCCCGCCCGAGCUCGGCAACGUCUGCUCGGGCCGGCGGCGCUUCUGCACCGUCGACCUGAGCCACAACCGCCUCGGCGGCGCGCUCCCGCCCGCGUUCGUCAACGUCCGGGCGGACCCGCCGGCGGACGGGGGCGAGCCGUUCCUCGGCCGGUUCGUCAUCGACGUGUCGCACAACGUGCUCUCCGGGCCGCUGCCCGCGUACCGGGGCAAGGACUUGGCGACGCUCGUCGCGCAUCAUAACCGGUUCACCGGCGGCUUCCCGCUGGAGUACGCGGCCAUUGCCAGCGUGGACCUGUCGUAUAACCGGCUGAGCGACUUGACGGAGACCGGGCGACUGCCGGCGAACUACUCGGAUCCCUUCGCCCUGCAGUACAGGAUAUCGGAGCUGCGGCUCGCCGGAAACCGAUUCUGCGGCAAUUUCCCGCAAUGGCUGUUCAAGAUGCCCAGCAUCCGGGCGCUGGACAUCUCGGCCAACUCGUUCUACGGCGCUCUGCCGCCCGCCGCCUUCAACUUCGCGGAGAUGACCGAGCUCAACGUCUCUCACAACCGCUUCUCCCGGUCGCUGCCCGGCGACCCCUUCAAGAACAACAGCCGCGGCAGCCUGGUCAUGGCGCUGGACCUGCACCACAACGGCUUCUAUGGCCCGGUGCCGGCGUCGUUCCUGACCGGCUCACUGUCGCUGGUCGGGUGUCUGUACCUCGACCUGUCGGAGAAUCGGCUGUGGGGGCCUCUGCCGGAUUCCUUCGCCGGCAUAGGCCCCGACGAGGUGCUGAGCUUCGGAUUCUACCCCAAGCGCAUCGACUUUUCCGAUAACUUCCUCUCGGGCCGACUGCCGAGCUCGAUCGGCAAGCUCAAGUAUCUGGAGUUCCUCGACAUGUCGAAUAACGAUUUCGUCGGCAGCAUUCCUGCGUCUUAUGCCAACCUUGAGCGUUUGACUUACUCCAACUUUUCUGGAAACGUGUUAUCUUAG